AUGGCCAGCUACCUGGUCCACUUCUCGAUGAUCCAGAUAAUGAAGAAGCGGUUCUCUGUCGGGCCGGUGACCAACAGUACCGAAGUAGCGCUGGCAAACCUUACUGAUUCCCUCUCAUCAGUGGUAAGCAAGGGCCCUCUUCUAUAUACCACUCUGGCUCUAUUCACCACGGGAUCCUACCUCGACAUAGAACAUACAGCUGCUCAAGCAUAUCACAACGGAGGGCCAGAUGAGUGGGGUGGAUGUAUUGAUAUACCACCUUUGGUCCAACUACUCCAUGGAGAAGACGACAAUCGCGUCUCACUGGACAUAGAUCCGUGCAUUGAUGGUGCUAAUACCAAGGGACCUGGGCUCCUCAAGCUGGUAGCUGACUAUAUCUGGCUAUUCUCUGCUGAAGAACGGGAUCUACCCUAUUAUGAUAACGUCAUCUCGCCUUCGGCAAAGCACAUAGAGAAUGCUUUCACGGCAGCAGCAUUCAUGGCCGUCGACGAGUGGUUGCAAUAUGCCUCUACGUGGAGUGAUUCAGAAACAAGUGGUUCACUGAAUUGGGAUUUGGGCGUCGACCAACAAGUCCCAAGUAUAUCACAUGCCGGGGUGUUGCUUAUAUCCAUCUUGCUAGCACUCUAUCUCCUUUGCAUACUAGGACUUUCGCUGUACGCUGCGUGGACGCCGCGAUGGACGAACCAGCUUGACUCGUUUGCAAUGAUGCGUAUAGGUUCGGCGGCGCCAGACCGUUUCCCACUACGUCUAGCGCAUAAUUCAGACGAAGUCAAUGAUCUUGACCAGCUGCCCGGGUGGAUUGGAAGCACCACAGGCGUGGAGACAGACAAAACUUGC